AUGGCGUCCAUCCGCGUGAGCGGCGUGGCGAUCCUCGACUCGGAGGGCGAGCGCUUGGCCGUAAAGUAUUCGCGGACGGUCUCUCCCUCGCGGGCGCAGGCUCAGGAGACGAAGGCGAGGCGAGACGGAGACGUGAAAGACUUCGCUUCCCAGCGCCAACUGGAGCAGCAGCUCGUCCAGCGAUUCGCGAAGCUCGUCGGCAGGAACGAAGUGGAAGCCUUUGAAGUCGGCGAGUAUGUCGCCCUGGGGCAAAGCAUGAACGAUGUCCUUCUCUUUCUCGUCGCCGAGGAUGGCGCCAACGAAAUUCUCCUUCUCGAGGUCUUCAACACGCUCACUUCAGUCUUGACGUCUCUCACCAACGGCCAAGUUGGAAAGAAGCAGAUCCUCGACAACCUUGACGUCGUCUUCCUGAUGCUGGACGAGGUUUUCGAUAACGGCCUGGUCCUCCAGCUCGACCCCGGCGUCGUCUUGGCGCGAAUCCACAUGCAGGAUGACGAGACCGCCGUCAGCAGCGCGGGCGCCGGCGGCGAGGCACCUUCGGCACAGACAGCAUUCAAUCAGGCCAUCUCCAGCGCAAAGGAGAAUCUCAUUCGAAGCCUCCUCAGCGGAGGUCCCUGA